AACGAGAAUUGUGAAGACAAGCGGACGCAGCGUUGCCAGAGUCCAACGAGAACUGUGAAGACAAAGGCCUCCGAUUAGGGUGUGUCUCGGCUCGCGCGCCAGCAAGCUUUCGGCCGUGGCAGAUCAAAGCCUACAACGGAACGACGGACCCCAAAGAUCAUCUGUUUAAGUUCUAUGCUUCGAUGGAGGCGGCGGCAGCCCCGGACGAGGUCAAGUGUCGAUGCUUCCUCGCAACACUGGAGGGCUCCGCAUGCGAUUGGUUCAAUCGACUCCCGAAGGGGACUAUUGAUGAGUGGGAUACGCUGGCGGAGAAGUUCCUGACGCACUUCGCGGCCAACAGAAGGCAAAGGUUGCCCAACUCCCACCUCCUCAACAUCUGCAUUCGCAAAGGAGAGAAGGUCCGAGACUUUAUAGUUCAGUGGGAGAAGGAAGCCAGAGACGUGCAUGGGGCGGAUGACCAGGCCUUGGUGGCAAUGUUCCAAGCAGCCCUUCCCCUCGGAGAAGUGAGAAAGAAGCUCCACAAGAAUCCACCCCCCACGUACCAGGAAACCUUGGAGCGCGCUAAGUUCUUGGCCUCAGAGGAGUUCGAUGACGCUCUCGACUCCGAGGCCGCGCCGACCAAGAGUGCUCUCGCGGACUCGGGAGAGAAGAAGAUGCAACGGCUGAUCGCCCGAGGGCCGGCUCCGCUAUAUGACGGAGCAGCCCCAUCGCGGGGGGCGCCGGAAGGGAGAACUUGGAGGAAUCCGGCUGAGCCAGUUGCGGUGGCCACGCAAGCAAGAAACUCCAAUAAGAGGCACAUCGGGCGAGAAUGCGAUGAUCUAGACGACGACGAAGCCCAAGGAUACCCGGUGGGAUUUAUCCACGGAGGAAACAUUGGUGGAGACUCUGUCGCUCAAAGGAAGAGGUGGAAACACAUGGCCUUCAUUGCCAAAGUCCACCAGGCGACGGUGCCCAAGCUCGGGAGACGAGAACAGAUCCAGUUCAUGGAGAAGGAUCUUCCCAACACGCCGAGCCCCCAUCGAGAUGCCUUGGUCAUGCAGAUAGAGAUCAACGUUGUCAUAGUGCACCGCACCUUGGUGGACAUGGGAAGCUCAGUCAAUGUAAUGUACGAGAAGACCUUCCAAGACCUCGGCUUGAACCGCAAAGACCUAAGGCCCGUGCGCACUUCCCUCUCCGGGUUCACGGGAGACUCCAUCGAGGCCGAAGGAGUCAUCACAGUGCCCGUGAUAGUAGGGGAUGGUGCACACAAGGCCAAGCUGAAGAUGGAGUUCAUGGUUUUCCCCACUCCUUCGGGAAUCGGAGUGGCAAGGGAAGAUCAGAAGCUAGCUCGAGGAAAUGCAGAAGCUGGAAGCACCGCCGAGGAAGUCGAGGAAGUGCCGCUCGACCCUCUGGUACCCGAGCGGAAGGUGAAGAUCAAGGCGAGCCUGAAUGGAAACCUGCGGAAGCACUUAGUGGACGUGCUCACCGCCUUCCGCGUGAUCUAUGCAUGGGGACCCGGGGAUAUGCCGGGGGUGCAUCCCAAGAUCAUAUGCCAUCGAUUAGCAGUCAACCUAAAAUCCAGGCCGGUGAAGCAGAAGAAGCGAUUCCUCUCGUCCGAGCGGAGGGAGUUUGUCGCCAAGGAGGUGGCUACCCUUCAGGGAUACGAAGCGCUCCUGUGCGGGCUAGGCCUAGCAGUCGGGAUGAACGCGACGAAGUUAAGGGUAAAGUGUGAUUCGAAGCUGGUAGUUGGCCACGUGUCCGAAGAAUUUGAGGCCAAAGACGAAAGGAUGAAGAAGUAUAGAGAUGCCGCUCUGGAGUUACUUGAGAGCUUCACCGCGUACAGUGUGGAGCAGAUCCCUCAAGCGGAGAACGGGACGCUACUCAGUGUCACGAAAGGUAACCCUCCAAGGAUAUUUUUGGCCAACAAUUGUGAAGGACUACACGGAAUUCGUGAAGAAAUGCAAGGUUUGCCAAGAGUUCUAGAAGGUACCUGGGAGGCCGUCCACAAACUCUACCCUCCAUCAGCACAGCCAUCCCGUUCGAGCAGUGGGGGUGGACCUCAUAGGCGCUCUCCCCAGAGGUACCGGGAACGUGAGAUACGUCAUAGUGGCAAUCGAUUACUUCACCAAAUGGGUGGAGGCAGCCCCGUUGGCGAGCAUAAUGGGAGCCCAGUGUCAAAAGUUCCUUGUCAAGCAAGUCAUUUGCCGGUUUGGUGUCCCCAGCAAGUAAUCACGGACAACGGGACGCAGUUCAAGUCCAAGCCCUUUAACAACUUUCUCGAAAAUUGGGGGAUCAAACACAGCUAUGCGUCGGUCGGGUACCCGCUGAUGAACGGGCAGGUCGAGAACGCCAACCGGACAAUCAUCGACGGGUUGAAGCGGAAAUUGGAAGCCUGCGGAGGGAGUGGGCGGAAAAGCUACCUUACAUUCUAUGGACCUACCAGACCACACCUUGGAGGGCAACCGGCGAGACUCCCUUCGCUCUGUGUGCUACGGGUUCGAGAGUUGUUCCCCUCUGGUGGCGGGGCUCAGAUUGGGAUGGGACCUCGAUCGCCACUAUCUAUUCAAGAGAGGGCGUGCGGGAGUCGCUCCCUUGAGCGGAAUCUAGGGUUGAGCCCUGAGCGUCCCGCUCGGAUACAGAAUGACGCACGACCAAGGACUGAGAAGACAUUGGAAAACAGAGUGGAGGAAGACUAACCUAGUAGCAAAAUACGGAGUGUUUAACAAUAGUGCGGAAGCAAUUUAAACCAUGUUUAAUAACAACACAAUUAUUUAUUUUAAAAUCACAAAUUCCACCACGAUAGUCUCGCCCCUUCUGCUGCCAGGAACAUGCCAAUCAUUCAUUCUGCCUACUUGCGUGUAGCAAAUAAAACAUACUACACGCUCAGCGAUGAAGCUGAGUAAGAAUAUCUAAAGCGUCGAACAUCCACAUAAAUUGAAUCUCAAUUC